UAACAAGUGGUUUAUUUUUAAAAUCAUACCUUUUAAAAUUUAGGUUCAGAUAAUAGUAAAAGUCAUCAUAAUAAUUUAAAGGAAAACCAGCAGAAAUCGAAGCAAACAUGUCUGGAGAAGUGCGUUUGAGGCAGUUGGAGCAGUUUAUUUUGGACGGGCCCGCUCAGACCAAUGGGCAGUGCUUCAGUGUGGAGACAUUACUGGAUAUACUUAUCUGUCUUUAUGAUGAAUGCAAUAAUUCUCCAUUGAGAAGAGAGAAGAACAUUCUCGAAUACCUAGAAUGGGCUAAACCAUUUACUUCUAAAGUGAAACAAAUGCGAUUACAUAGAGAAGACUUUGAAAUAUUAAAGGUGAUUGGUCGAGGAGCUUUUGGGGAGGUUGCCGUAGUAAAACUAAAAAAUGCAGAUAAAGUAUUUGCCAUGAAAAUAUUGAAUAAAUGGGAAAUGCUGAAAAGAGCUGAGACAGCAUGUUUUCGUGAAGAAAGAGAUGUAUUAGUGAAUGGAGACAAUAAAUGGAUUACAGCCUUGCACUAUGCUUUCCAGGAUGACAAUAACUUAUACCUGGUUAUGGAUUAUUAUGUUGGUGGGGAUUUGCUUACUUUACUCAGCAAAUUUGAAGAUAGAUUGCCUGAAGAUAUGGCUCGAUUUUACUUGGCUGAGAUGGUGAUAGCAAUUGACUCAGUUCAUCAACUACAUUAUGUACACAGAGACAUUAAACCUGACAAUAUACUGAUGGAUAUGAAUGGACAUAUUCGGUUAGCAGAUUUUGGUUCUUGUCUGAAGCUGAUGGAAGAUGGAACGGUUCAGUCCUCAGUGGCUGUAGGAACCCCAGAUUAUAUCUCUCCUGAAAUCCUUCAAGCCAUGGAAGAUGGAAAAGGCAGAUACGGACCUGAAUGUGACUGGUGGUCUUUGGGGGUCUGUAUGUAUGAAAUGCUUUAUGGAGAAACACCAUUUUAUGCAGAAUCUUUGGUGGAGACAUACGGAAAAAUCAUGAAUCACAAAGAGAGGUUUCAGUUUCCAGCCCAAGUGACUGAUGUGUCUGAAAAUGCUAAGGAUCUUAUUCGAAGGCUCAUUUGUAGCAGAGAACAUCGACUUGGUCAAAAUGGAAUAGAAGACUUUAAGAAACAUCCAUUUUUCAGUGGAAUUGAUUGGGAUAAUAUUCGGAACUGUGAAGCACCUUAUAUUCCAGAAGUUAGUAGCCCAACAGAUACAUCGAAUUUUGAUGUAGAUGAUGAUUGUUUAAAAAAUUCUGAAACGAUGCCCCCACCAACACACACUGCAUUUUCUGGCCACCAUCUGCCAUUUGUUGGUUUUACAUAUACUAGUAGCUGUGUACUUUCUGAUCGGAGCUGUUUAAGAGUUACAGCUGGUCCCACCUCACUGGAUCUUGAUGUUAAUGUUCAGAGGACUCUAGACAACACCUUAGCAACUGAAGCUUAUGAAAGAAGAAUUAAGCGCCUUGAGCAAGAAAAACUUGAACUCAGUAGAAAACUUCAAGAGUCAACACAGACUGUCCAAGCUCUGCAGUAUUCAACUGUUGAUGGUCCACUAACAGCAAGCAAAGAUUUAGAAAUAAAAAACUUAAAAGAAGAAAUUGAAAAACUAAGGAAACAAGUAACAGAAUUGAGUCAUUUGGAACAGCAACUUGAAGAAGCUAAUGCUGUGAGGCAAGAACUAGAUGAAGCUUUUAGACAAAUCAAGGCUUAUGAAAAACAAAUCAAAACAUUACAACAAGAAAGGGAAGAUCUAAAUAAGGAACUAGUCCAGGCUAGUGAGCGAUUAAAAAACCAAUCCAAAGAGCUGAAAGACGCACACUGUCAGAGGAAACUGGCCAUGCAGGAAUUCAUGGAGAUCAAUGAGCGGCUAACAGAAUUGCACACUCAAAAACAGAAACUUGCUCGCCAUGUCCGAGAUAAGGAAGAAGAGGUGGACCUGGUGAUGCAAAAAGUUGAAAGCUUAAGGCAAGAACUGCGCAGAACAGAAAGAGCCAAAAAAGAGCUGGAAGUUCAUACAGAAGCUCUAGCUGCUGAAGCAUCUAAAGACAGGAAACUACGUGAACAGAGUGAGCACUAUUCUAAGCAACUGGAAAAUGAAUUGGAGGGACUGAAGCAAAAACAAAUUAGUUACUCACCAGGAAUAUGCAGCAUAGAACAUCAGCAAGAGAUAACCAAACUAAAGACUGAUUUGGAAAAGAAAAGUGUCUUUUAUGAAGAAGAAUUAUCUAAAAGAGAAGGAAUACAUGCAAAUGAAAUAAAAAAUCUUAAGAAAGAACUGCAUGAUUCAGAAGGUCAGCAACUUGCUCUCAACAAAGAAAUUAUGAUUUUAAAAGACAAAUUGGAAAAAACCAGGAGAGAAAGUCAAAGUGAAAGGGAAGAAUUUGAAAGUGAGUUCAAACAACAGUAUGAACGAGAAAAAGUGUUGUUAACUGAAGAAAAUAAAAAACUGACAAGUGAACUUGAUAAGCUUACUACUUUGUAUGAGAACUUAAGUAUACAGAACCAGCAGUUAGAAGAAGAGGUUAAAGAUCUAGCAGACAAGAAAGAAUCAGUUGCACAUUGGGAAGCCCAAAUCACAGAAAUAAUUCAGUGGGUCAGCGAUGAAAAGGAUGCACGAGGGUAUCUUCAGGCCUUAGCUUCUAAAAUGACUGAAGAAUUGGAGGCAUUAAGAAAUUCCAGCUUGGGUACACGAGCAACAGAUAUGCCCUGGAAAAUGCGUCGUUUUGCAAAACUGGAUAUGUCAGCUAGACUGGAGUUGCAGUCAGCUCUGGAUGCAGAAAUAAGAGCCAAACAGGCCAUCCAAGAAGAGUUGAAUAAAGUUAAAGCAUCUAAUAUCAUAACAGAAUGUAAACUAAAAGAUUCAGAGAAGAAGAACUUGGAACUGCUCUCAGAAAUCGAACAACUGAUAAAGGACACUGAGGAGCUUAGAUCUGAAAAGGGUAUAGAGCACCAAGACUCACAGCAUUCUUUCUUGGCAUUUUUGAAUACGCCUACCGAUACUCUGGAUCAAUUUGAAACUGAUCCCGUUGAGAACACAUAUGUAUGGAACCCGAGCGUCAAGUUUCACAUCCAGUCACGGUCCACAUCUCCUUCCACAUCUAGUGAAGCUGAGCCAGUUAAGACUGUAGACUCCACUCCACUUCCAGUUCACACACCAACCUUAAGGAAAAAAGGAUGUGCUGGUUCAACUGGCUUUCCACCUAAGCGCAAGACUCACCAGUUUUUUGUAAAAUCUUUUACUACUCCUACCAAGUGUCAUCAGUGUACCUCCUUGAUGGUGGGUUUAAUAAGACAGGGCUGUUCAUGUGAAGUGUGUGGAUUCUCAUGCCAUAUAACUUGUGUAAACAAAGCUCCAACCAUUUGUCCAGUUCCUCCUGAACAGACAAAAGGUCCCCUGGGUAUAGAUCCUCAGAAAGGAAUAGGAACAGCAUAUGAAGGUCAUGUCAGGAUUCCUAAACCAGCCGGAGUGAAGAAAGGGUGGCAGAGAGCACUGGCUAUAGUGUGUGACUUCAAACUGUUUCUGUACGAUAUUGCUGAAGGAAAAGCAUCUCAGCCCAGUGUUGUCAUUAGUCAAGUGAUUGACAUGAGGGAUGAAGAAUUUUCCGUGAGUUCAGUGUUGGCUUCUGAUGUUAUCCAUGCAAGUCGAAAAGAUAUACCGUGUAUAUUUAGGGUCACAGCUUCCCAGCUCUCAGCAUCUAAUAACAAAUGUUCAAUCCUGAUGCUAGCAGACAGUGAGAAUGAGAAGAGUAAGUGGGUGGGAGUGCUGAGUGAAUUGCACAAGAUUUUGAAGAAAAACAAAUUCAGAGACCGCUCAGUCUAUCUUCCCAAAGAGGCUUAUGACAGCACUCUACCCCUCAUUAAAACAACCCAGGCAGCCGCAAUCAUAGAUCAUGAAAGAAUUGCUUUGGGAAACGAAGAAGGGUUAUUUGUUGUACAUGUCACCAAAGAUGAAAUUAUUCGAGUUGGUGAUAAUAAGAAGAUUCAUCAGAUUGAACUCAUUCCAAAUGAUCAGCUUGUUGCUGUGAUCUCAGGACGAAAUCGUCAUGUACGACUUUUUCCUCUGUCAGCAUUGGAUGGGCGAGAGACCGAUUUUUACAAGCUGGCAGAAACUAAAGGGUGUCAAACCAUAACUUCUGGAAAGGUGCGCCAUGGAGCUCUCACAUGCCUGUGUGUGGCUAUGAAAAGGCAGGUCCUCUGUUAUGAACUAUUUCAGAGCAAGACUCGUCACAGAAAAUUUAAGGAAAUUCAAGUCCCAUAUAAUGUCCAGUGGAUGGCAAUCUUCAGUGAACAACUCUGUGUGGGAUUCCAGUCAGGAUUUCUAAGAUACCCUUUGAAUGGAGAAGGAAGUCCAUACAGUAUGCUCCAUUCAAAUGACCAUACACUAUCAUUUAUUGCACAUCAACCAAUGGAUGCUAUCUGCGCUGUUGAGAUCUCCAGUAAAGAAUAUCUGCUGUGUUUUAACAGCAUUGGGAUAUACACUGACUGCCAGGGCCGAAGAUCUAGACAACAGGAAUUGAUGUGGCCAGCAAAUCCUUCCUCUUGUUGUUACAAUGCACCAUAUCUCUCAGUGUACAGUGAAAAUGCAGUUGAUAUCUUUGAUGUGAACUCCAUGGAAUGGAUUCAGACUCUUCCUCUCAAAAAGGUUCGACCCUUAAACAAUGAAGGAUCAUUAAAUCUUUUAGGGUUGGAGACCAUUAGAUUAAUAUAUUUCAAAAAUAAGAUGGCAGAAGGGGACGAACUGGUAGUUCCUGAAACAUCAGAUAAUAGUCGGAAACAAAUGGUUAGAAAUAUUAACAAUAAGCGGCGUUAUUCCUUCAGAGUCCCAGAAGAGGAAAGGAUGCAGCAGAGGAGGGAAAUGCUACGAGAUCCAGAAAUGAGAAAUAAAUUAAUUUCUAAUCCAACUAAUUUUAACCACAUAGCACACAUGGGUCCUGGAGAUGGAAUACAGAUCCUGAAAGAUCUGCCCAUGCCAGGUUUCCCUUAUCCAUCCCCUCAUCAUCACUCCGGUCUGAUCUCCUCUCCGAUCAACUUUGAACACAUCUAUCACAUGACUGUUAAUUCUGCUGAAAAAUUUCUCUCUCCUGAUUCCAUAAACCCUGAAUAUUCCCCGUCUCUACGCUCUGUCCCUGGUACACCAAGCUUUAUGACUCUGAGGAACCCUCGGCCUCAGGAAAGUCGGACAGUAUUCAGUGGCUCAGUCAGUAUUCCAUCUAUCACCAAAUCCCGCCCUGAGCCUGGCCGCUCCAUGAGUGCUAGCAGUGGCCUGUCAGCAAGGUCAUCCACACAGAAUGGCAGCGCAUUAAAGAGGGAAUUCUCUGGAGGAAGCUACAGUGCCAAGCGGCAGCCCAUGCCCUCCCCAUCAGAGGGCUCUUUGUCCUCCGGAGGCAUGGACCAAGGAAGUGAUGCCCCGGCGAGGGACUUUGACGGAGAGGACUCUGACUCUCCGAGGCAUUCCACAGCUUCCAACAGUUCCAACCUAAGCAGCCCCCCAAGCCCAGUUUCACCCCGAAAGACCAAGAGCCUCUCCCUGGAGAGCACUGACCGUGGGAGCUGGGACCCGUGAGCUGCCUCAGCACUGAGACCUCUCGCUCUCCGCUCCCUGCCACUCGCCUCUUCUCACUUUCAUCUCUUCCCUCCAUCUCAGCCUGAAAGCCACCAGGGGCUGGCAGCAGUAGCAGGACAGGGAUUCAGGAGUUCUGACAACAUGACUCUCAAAUCCACGCCCCUAGCCUAACAGCAACAACGAAGACAGACUUUCCAUAGCAGCUUAGAUUAACAUUGAUUUCAUUCCAUGCACUUAGAGUUGCUUUCAGUAACAUUUUGCCCCUACUCCCAAAGGUAGUUUAAAUAGAUUACACAAAUGUAAGUGAUAAGAAUAAGAUUAGACAGAUUUUGCUUUCACAGUAGAGUCUCAUUAUAGUCCUAAAAUAGCUCAUGGGAUUCUCCGCAUCCAGAAGGGAGAAUCCGUCCCUGGAGUGGCUCACUAAGCUCUUAAUCGGCAACCACAGUGAGUGUCAACCUGAUUGUUGCCAGGAAAUCCUUAUGAAUUAAAACAAUGCAUAUUUUACUACAAUACAGAGUUUAAAUGAAUACAUAAAUGUAGAAGUACUGAAAGUAUAUAUUUAAAAGGAGCCUCUUAUAUUCAACAAAAGAUGGAUGCAUAUAUAAGAGAGAUGAUUUAAUUUAAAGAAAUACGUUGUUUCUUGUCUGUUUCCCAGCUAAGUGAUGUAAAGGGUGGAAAGGCCUCAAGCUCACAUUUUUAGAGGCAGAGCGAGAGAAAUCAGAGUUCCCUUUAUUGCCCUGUCCUCAAACUGGUCGUAGGCUCCAGUCACCCGGGAGCUUUGGAAAACAUUUGCAGAGCCUGGUUUUGCUGGUCUGGAGUGUGCCCUGGCACCAGAGCUUUAACAUCUGAAGCCACUUCAGCAGCAGCAGCAGAAGGCUAACUCAUCUCCACCCAAGGUGUUUCUUUUCCUAGUGGUAGAAUUUGAACACUUCUCACUUUUUAUUGUAUUUUUAUCUUCUGCAGAUAAAUGUAGAAAUAUAUGAUUCUGUCACCUCUGAUCCCUUCCAUCUGAAAGGGUGCAAGGAGUGUUGUAGCUUCUGAAGGUCCAGAAAAUAGUUUCUAAAAAUGCUUUUAUUCCUGGUCUCAUCCUGUCCCUCCCUAAGUCACAGUGAGGUGUCUGGCCCAGGGCUGGAGACGGUUCCCAAGGAGGAGUCUGUUUUUUUGAGGGUGGGCAUGAGCUUCUCUUCAGAUAAGCCUGGGAAAGGAAGAAAAAAAGGCUUUCAUUACCAAAUAAUGUAAAACCUCAAAAGCAAGGGCUUUAACAGCCUUAACCAAAUAUUAUUCCCAUAGCCAGUGGAAAAUGGACAUGACAACCCCAGUGCACAGGCCAGAGUGAGCCCAGCACGGCGCUUGGACUGGCUUCCUCUCUCAGGUGCUGGAUUGUGGGGUUAGUGGCAUUUUCAGCUGGAUUCCUCCUGUUGUAGUUGCCAUAAGGAAAUGAGAUGCAGAAUCAGAAUGAUCUAUUUCUACAGAGUCAUUUCACCAGUUAAGCACAUGAGUAGAGAAAGAGAUAAAAAUAAAAAUAUCUCAUGGAAGGAAAGAGAUUUUGCCUCUCUUUUACUUUUCGCCUAAGUUUCUCUGAGAGAGACAGGAUUCUCUCUUUAAAAUUCAGUGAAAUUGAAGAAAGUUUUCCUGCAGUUGCUAACCUGAGUUGCAGUGUUUAAGGCCAUCAUUUCACUGCUGCUGUCUGUGACUCCACCUCUGUGUCACUGGCAGUAGCCCAUGCUGGCCUGUGGCAUGUGCAGGGAGCUGAAGCUGUUUCCAGGUGAUGCUGCUAUGUGGAGAAGGUUCUGAGAUGCAGUGAGGGAAGAAAGGAUCCUGCUAGGGAUUCCAUUGCAAGCACCUAUAAUUGGGAAUUUUCAUAUAACAGCUUUGACAUUUAAACAUUCUGAGUUUGGUGCCGGCUCAGAUUUGAUUACAUUUUGUUUUGGAUGGGUGUAAUUCACAGCACAGUUCUAAUCUCCCAAAUCUUUCUGCUUUUUACAAUGAAGUAUAAAAAUGCUUUUGUCACCUGAAUACCAAGGGUCGGCCCUUUAAUUGGAUCAUUGUCAUAUGACUAGGUAGAUCCUUGUCUUCAGCACUCCACUUGAGAGAAGGGAGUCAGCCAGCCGGCCCCCUGCCUGGUGCUCGUGACCAGCUCGCACCCCUUCUGUUCACCCUCCCCUCCUCUUCUCCCCACCCUCCCCAUCCUCCUCUUCCCUUUCCCCUUGCCUUCUCUCUCCCUUCUCUUCUCAGGCAGGGAGGAGGCCAUCCCAAGCUGAGAUUAACAGGAUAAAUGGCUUAUUGACAUAAGCCAUUAGUUUGUAGCUUUGGCAAGUAAUUGUGAAUUUUUGUUGCCUAUAGGUGCUUAUUUUCCAAAGGAUGCUUUUAGGAUCAAAAUAUAACCCUACCUAAAGUCUAGGCUCUACUGCAAUGGGUCAUACCCUUCCGCCUCCCAACAGGGCAGAGAGAGAACUACUGAGGCUUGUCUUGGUUGCCAGGCUAACUGGGCGGCUUGUCCAUAUUCACCCCAUGGAUUGCACCACGGCGCUCUUUGAUUUUUCCACUGCAAUGGCAAGUCAUCUCAUCAGUUGUAAUAGAGCAGUCCCAAAUUUGUGUAGAUUCUAAAACCUGGGCUUUAGGGGAGAAACACUGCCAGAGGUAAUAGUUUUGGGGAGGGUUUUCCCAAAAUAAUGGUCAUCCUACUGGGUUUAUCCCACCCUUAAAUAUGAAGCCUGUUACCUCCAGAAGCUUCUGAGAAGAAUGAUGUGAAAAGACAAGGAGGGAGUUCAGGGGAAAAAAACAUAAUGACCAUUCAGAGGAGUCGGUAGCAAAGCUCACAGGUAAAGUAUUUUAUUACUAUCUGAAGACAUCCUUUGUUUUCAUUCAGGACAUUUUUAAAAUGUAUAUGGCAGCAGACACUUGUUUCUCAAUAGAAAAAAAUAACAUUCAGAGGCAUUUCUGAGGUCGUCUAUCUGCGUUAGUAUUUGGUGCUAUCUAUGUCCAACCAAGUUAUCUACCCUUGAAUUCUGACUAAUCAUGUUUUGUGCUUUGGGUGUUUAAAAUUACAUACAUAUAUAUUAUUUAUUUUUGCCAAAAACAAAAGUCUUACUCCUUGUCAAAUUAUUGCUAAAGUAGAUCUUACAUUUUUUGUUAUUAUAUAUGUAUUUAUGCACACCCCCAACACACUUAGUGAUUUCUGUUUUUCCCAGGGAGCACAGCUUUCAGGCUAUGAGAUACAACUAAAACGAGCCCAUCUAUUUGGUUUUCCAGCCAAUUAUUGUGCCCACACUUCAGGGGAGAAUCUGAAAUUCCUGUCAUGUUUACAGCAACAAUCUAUCAUUCCCGGCUGGCUCUCAGCCUCUCCUUCCAUAGGUUAGAAUUACGUCAUUUUGUUACUUAGUGGCCACAUCUAUUUCUGAGAAAGACUGGUUACAUUUAUGUGGCAUCUCAGGUAUCAUUAAGGAAAAGCCAGAGCAGGGGUGAGCAGACGUCAAAACCACUGAUGCAGCAGGGCCAUUUGCCGCCUUUGACCGGGAUCACAACCACUGCAGUCUCCCAGCAGGUGGGCCUUGCCAAGCCUAAGGCUCCCCAUCCAAUCUAGACAGAGGGGCGCUCAGAGCAGACUUUGCCGUAGCCCACACGUCCAGUGAGCACAAUAGGAAUGAAUUGGGCACUCCACUCCCCCCCCUCUCUGGCCCAGUCCUGAACUAGAUGAGCUGCAUUUCAUUGAGCCCAUUUUGAAACCUCUUUCGUUAUGACUUUAAUUGUUACUCAAGUCCAGAGUUCUCUGUGCACUCCUGCUAGAUAAGGAGUGCGGGCUCCCCCAGCACUGGCAGCACGCUGGGCGCCUCCUUACGCAGGACACCAUGCAGUUCCGGGGGAAGCUGACUCAAAUCAAUCUUGAAGUCUCAUGAAAACAAAAUGACUUGCCUUUUUAUUUGAUAGUGUAAUAUCAUUCAUUUUAUAAAUUUUUUAGGGUUUUUCCUGUUGUAAUAUUGUACAGUUUUGCAUGGCCUGGUGUGAUCAUUUUUCGGUUAGAAUAUAAUGCUGACAAAUGUGUAUGGAGGGGGAAAGAUACUGCUUUAGCCUAUCCUUAUUUUAUUUUGUUUGGUUUUAUGCCCACAAUGUUUUAGGGAACUUUCUAAGAGAUCCUCUGCUACCAAGCAAUGAUGUGGAUUCUUUUGCACAGAAAUAUUUAAGGUGGGAUAGUAAAAAAUGUCACAAAAGAUUCCUCACCAAUAUUUUAUGUUGAUAUCACUUAAUAUUAACCAGACUUUGCUGUAUUGCAAUAAAACAGAGAACUGUUA